CACAGGGCAGAUUAGGGCAAUUUGAAAUUGUUUUUUCCACCUCUGUGAGAAAGGUGGGUCUUGUUUAUUAGGGUUGUGCAUGUAAACCAAGUGACGUGCCUCUUCAUCUUCAUAAUGAAAACUUUUGUUAAUCCCAAGGGUAAACUUUGUUAAAAGGGGAACACUCACACCUUGUAUUACUUACCUACCAACCUUGAAGUGUUGCAGGAAACACAUGCAGAGAGGAAAAGGCAGGGCCUUGGUUUCAAGCCCCAGAGUGAUGAUAAUAAUAAAAAAAAACCCUGGCUUGCUGGGCCCUUUGGGGAGAAAGCUUCAUUUGCUGAAAGAGGCCAGUUGUUCCUUUUACCAAAACUCCCCCAUUCAAUCAGUGAAAGAGGCCGGCCUGGAGCACACAGAAUGGCUUAUUCUGAGGCACAAGGAGGUGUCCCCUGUGGUUUCAUCCGCCAGAAUUCCGGCAACUCCAUUUCCUUGGACUUUGAGCCCAACACAGAGUAUCAGUUUGUGGAACAAUUAGAAGAGCGUUACAAAUGUGCCUUCUGCCACUCCGUGCUUCACAACCCCCACCAGACGGGUUGCGGGCACCGCUUCUGCCACCACUGCAUCCUGUCCCUGAGAGAAUUAAAUGCAGUGCCAAUCUGCCCUGUAGAUAAAGAGAUUAUCAAGUCUCAGGAGGUGUUUAAAGACAAUUGCUGCAAAAGGGAAGUCCUCAAUUUAUAUGUAUAUUGCAAAAAUGCUCCUGGAUGUAAUACCAAGAUUAUACUGGGGCGAUACCAGGACCACCUUCAGCAGUGCUUAUUUCAGACUGUACAGUGUUCUAACGAGAACUGUCGGGAGCCAGUCCUACGGAAAGAGCUGAAAGAGCAUUUGAGCUUAUAUUGUCAGUUUCGAGAGGAAAAAUGCUUUUACUGCAAAAAGGAUGUGAUGGUGAUCAAUCUACAGAAUCAUGAGGAAAAUUUGUGUCCUGAGUACCCAAUAUCUUGUCCCAACAAGUGUUUGCAGAUUAUUCCAAGAACUGAGGUGGAUAAACACCUUGUUGUGUGUCCUGAAGCAGAACAAGACUGUCCUUUUAAGCACUAUGGCUGUACUGUAAAGGAUAAAAGGGGUAACCUGAAGGAGCAUGAACAUUCAGCUUUGCGGGACCACAUGCUUUUGGUUUUAGAAAAGAAUUUCCAAUUAGAAGAACAGAUUUCUGACUUAUAUAAGAGCCUAGAACAGAAAGAAAGUAAAAUUCAGCAGCUAGCAGAAACUGUAAAGAAACUUGAAAAGGACUUCAAGCAGUUUGCACAGUUGUUUGGGAAAAAUGGAAACUUGCUAUCAAACAUCCAGGUUCUUGCCUGUCACAUUGACAAAUCUGCUUGGUUAGAAGCUCAAGUACGUCACUUAUUACAAACGGCUAACCAGCAACAAAAUAAAUUGGACCUGCAACCUUUGGUGGAAGCUAUUGAUACAGUUAAACAAAAAAUUACCCUGCUAGAAACCAAUGACCAAAGAUUAAUUGUUUUGGAAGGGCAGACUAACAAACAUGAUGCCCAUAUUAAUAUCCAUAAAGCACAGCUGAAUAAAAAUGAGGAGCGAUUUAAACUGCUGGAGGGUGCCUGCUAUAAUGGAAAGCUCAUCUGGAAGGUGACAGACUACAAGAUGAAGAAGAGGGAGGCAGUGGACGGGCACACAGUGUCCAUCUUCAGCCAGCCCUUCUACACCAGCCGAUGUGGCUAUCGGCUCUGCGCCAGAGCAUAUCUGAAUGGAGAUGGGUCCGGCAAGGGGACACACCUGUCACUGUACUUUGUGGUGAUGCGAGGAGAAUUUGACUCACUGUUGCAGUGGCCAUUCAGGCAGAGGGUGACCCUGGUGCUUCUGGACCAGAGUAGCAAAAAGAACCACAUUGUGGAGACUUUCAAGGCUGACCCCAAUAGCAGCAGCUUUAAAAGACCAGAUGGGGAGAUGAACAUUGCAUCUGGUUGUCCGCGCUUUGUGGCUCAUUCCACAUUGGAGAAUGCCAAGAACACCUACAUUAAAGAUGACACCCUGUUUUUGAAAGUGGCUGUAGAUUUAAGUGACCUGGAGGAUCUCUAGCCAUUGUUUCUAGGGGGAUAAGAGGACUUUUUGGAUACAGAACUAUGGAGGAGGAGAACCUUGAUUAUAUUGUAUUUGGCUUUUUUGCCCUUCAUGUUUGAAGUCAGUUCAAAACUUCUGAAGUGUGCUGUCUGCUUUUUACUUUUUUACUCUUAGUUUGAAACUUAAAACAUUUAGAAUAUUCUCAUUAUUUAUAUUUUAAAAAUAGAUGGUAAGUUUCUUGAAAGCAGGAUCUAGGCUUAUCUUUUUUACUGGUGCUUAGCAGUAUCUCAGGCAGGUAGUGUAAUAUUCACUGUUAUUUAGGAGACAAGUAACAGCAUUCCCAACUGAAAAUGUUCUGAUAUUUUAUUAUUUGGCCCAUUGAUCCUAGACCUGACCUUAAACCUGCAAAAACAGUCUUUUAGGGUAGGUUGUUCCAGUUAAGUAGAUGAAUGAUGUACUUAAAAGACAGUAUGCCCAACUUGGACCAGACUUUUUUUUGGUUAAAUGCUAAACUUUUGGAAACUACUACCCAUCUAAAUAUUUUCAAGAAAUUCAGCAGCAGUUUAUAAGCACAGUUUAGCAAGGCUGCAAAGGAAAUGGUGAAUGGGGUAAACAUUAUUUUUGUCUCUGCUGAAGUAAACCAGAAUGUACUGUGUGUGUGUGUGUGUGUGUGUGUGUGUGUGUGUGUGUGUGUGCGCGCGCGCGCGCAUAGGUCAGAGAUGGUCAAAUAUCAGCAGUUUCAUAAGGUUCAACCAAAUAAAUAUAUGAACAAAUGUAAGUAUACAACUAGUUUAAAGGUAUUUUGGUAAUAAUAGUGAAUUAACUUGAGGAUGGGCAGAAUUUAAUAUAUGAUGGAGAAAAUGUCAUAAAUGGAUAGAUGAACUUUAAAAUCUAGGUUGAAAAUUGUUGCAAUUUCCUGAGUGUUAGAAGUACUCCCAUCCAAAAUUGUUGUUUAAACAUUAUCUUCUGUUGUUUUUGAGAGAACUUUCAACUUCAUAAAUUGGUAUGAAAACGGGCAUUUCUGUAAACCUGGGAAAUUUCUUGUCAGAGUCCUGAGUAUUUGGGGAAGAACAGAAAUGAUCAUGUCCUUAAGAAUCUAUCUGUAUGGAUCUAAGGGUGUAUAUACAAAUUGAGGUGGCUCCUUAUAAUUCUUGAAAAGCCUAAGCUUGACAGAAGAAUACCAAGUGUUCCUGAGCCCCCACUCAUUGUUAUGCCCUUUACCAUUGCUCACAUGUGGGCUGGCCCUGGGCAUGCCAGCACAAGUGCCAUGUGGCACAGGGCCCUUUCCAGCAGCUCUCUUGGGUAAUGACCAUGUGCUUUACAACUUCUGAGCAGCUAACCUGAUAAAAGAAGCACUAUUUAUGCAUCUUCUGUGAAUGACAGGAAACUUCUUAAUCUCUUUUGUGAGAUUUUUGCAGACAUAAUGCAGGAAUCAUCCCAAAGGAUUAAAUUCAAAGAAAUAGAUUCACAAUAGAAAUAUUCUAAAGAACUAACUUGCCAGUAGCGAACUGUGGUCCGGUUGGCCGGCACAUCACCUUUGAUAAAACUAAGGAAGUGUUUUUCUAGCCCACAUGACCAGACGCCGAUGAUUCUGCCUGUUUAUUUUCAAUGUUUCUAAUCAAACUGAAGGUCAUCCUUGUACUCUUCAGGAGUAGAAAAUCAUGUUGUGGGUAACUCAUUUUAAGUAGUUGAUAUGAAAACUAUUUUAAAAUGAAUUUGUCAAAAUACUGGUUUGGUGUUUUAACCAACUUCUUUACGUAAAAAGUGUAAGUCAUGGCAUGGUUUGCAUACAAGUUCAGAGUCCUUUCAUCCUUGAAAUAGUGAUUAUAUGAUCAUAGAACAAAGAAUUCUAGAGUAAAAAGCAUUCCUUUUUCACAAAAUAGGAGUUGUUUUGGUUUCCUAGGCUGCUGAAGCAAAUACCAUGAAAUGGCUUGGCUUAAACAGUGAGAAUUUAUUCGCUUACAGUUUUGUGACUGGGAAAAUGUCCAAGUGAAGGCAUCUUCUAGGCAAUGCUCUCUCCCCAAAGACUGUGGCGUUCUGGGAUUGGCUGCUGGUGAGUCUUGGUCCUUAGCUUAUCACAGCAAGGCACAUGGCAGCAU